CAUCUUCCUCAGCUUUUUCUCUCUUCUUCAGCCAUUAUAUAAACAUCUCCUUCACCUCCACUCUCUCUCUCUAAAAUCGCUUAUCAAUCGUUUUCUCUCUCCCUCAAAUCGUAUAUCAAUCCGUACACAUAUAUAUUCACCGAUAUAUUCGAAGUCUGAUAAACUCGGAUGCACCUCAUUGUUGAAUCUUUGCUCAAAAUCCAAGCUAUCUCUAUAAUAAAAAAACAUCUCUUUAAUUAAAGGUAUGUAGGCUCUGUUCGUUCGAUCAAUUUGAUAAAGAAGUGGAGAAAUCGAGUUUAUUGGUAGAACUAAGUUGAGUUGGCAAUCGGGAUUGGUUUUUGAGGGUUUUGAAGGUCUGAUUCUAGGGUUUAGGGUUUUUAGCGAGUAAUGGAUGAUCUGGAAAAGGCCAUUCUGAUAAGCUUUGAUGAAUCCGGUACGAUUAAUUCGGUGCUAAAAGAACAAGCUGCUGCCUUUAUUCAGCAAGUCAAGGAUAGGCCGUCAAUUUGUAGCAUUUGUAUAGAAAAAUUUUGUGUUUCGAACCUAGUGGAGGUUAAGUUUUGGUGUUUGCAAUGCCUCCAUGAGAUUCUUCGAGUUAGGUACCCUUCAAUGUCGCUGGAGGAGAAGGAUUUGAUUCGGAAAUCCGUGUUUUCGAUGGCGUGUGGCGAACCUGUCCAUGCCAAUGACACUAAUGCGGCGAGGAUUUUCGAGAGCCCUUCGUUUGUAAAGAAUAAGCUUGCUCAGGUUUUUGUGACAUUGAUUAGUUAUGAGUAUCCGGAAAUCUGGCAAUCUGUUUUUGUUGAUUUCUUGCAUAAACUGAGUAAAGGAGCUGCUGUGAUUGAUAUGUUUUGUCGGGUUUUGAAUGUGAUGGAUGAUGAGUUAAUUAGCUUGGAUUAUCCGCGUAGUGGGGAUGAUGUGGCUAAGGCGGGAAGGAUUAAGGAUGCAAUGCGAUUGCAGUGCGUGCCUCAGAUGGUUGUAGCAUGGUAUGACAUUGUUUCGAUGUAUAAGAAUUCAGAGCCUGAUCUAUGUUCUAGUGUUUUGAAUUCUAUGAGCAAGUAUGUUUCGUGGAUUGACAUAGGGUUGAUAGCUAAUGAUGCAUUCUCUCGGUUGCUGUUUGAACUUAUGUUGGUGGAUGGGUUAGCAGAUCAGCUCCGAGCUGCUGCGUCUGGUGCUGUUCAUGCGGUGGUGUCAAAAAGGAUGGAGUAUAAAUCCAAGCUUGCUCUUUUGCAAGGCCUUCAGAUAUCUAGGGUGUUUAUGUUGGUUACGGAUGAUAGUGGCUCAGAGUUGGCUUCUGGCGUGGCUUCGUUGCUCACGGGGUAUGCAGUUGAAGUUUUGGAAUGUUAUAAGCAUUUGAAACCAGAGGAUGGUAAAGAAGUUGCUGUAGAACUUCUGAAUGAGGUUUUGCCAUCAGUUUUCAGUAUUAUCCAGAAUGGCGAAGUCGAUUCAUCAUUUAGCAUUGUGCACUUUCUCUCAGUUUAUGUUGGUACAAUGAAGAACUCCACAUUGACAGACCGACAGCUGCUUCAUUUAAGCCAAAUACUGGAAGUGAUCCGAAUGCAGAUUCAGUUUGAUCCCAUGUAUCGAAAUAAUCUGGACAUACUGGACAAGAUUGGACAGCAAGAAGCAGAUAGGAUGGCGGAGUUUCGGAAGGAUUUGUUUGUAUUGAUCCGUAAUGUUGGCCGUGUUGCACCAGAUCUUACUCAGGUAUUCAUAAAAAACUCACUGGGUAAUUCUAUGUCAUCUACAGAAGAUAGAAAUGUUGAAGAAGUUGAGGCUUCUCUUUCCUUAUUAUAUGCGCUCGGAGAAUCAUUAAAUGAUGAUGCUAUGAGGGUGGGUAAUGGUCUACUUGGUGAGUUGAUACCAAUGCUGUUAUCAACGCGAUUUCCUUGCCACUCCAAUAGGCUCGUUGCGCAUGUGUAUUUGGAUAUAAUAACAAGAUACGUGAAGUUUGUAUCAGAGAAUACACAAUAUAUUCCAAUUGCACUGCGUGCCUUUCUUGAUGAGAGAGGUAUACACCAUCCAAAUGUGAAUGUCAGCAGAAGGGCGAGUUAUCUCUUCAUGAGGGUUGUGAAAUUGCUAAAAGCAAAGCUUGUGCCUUACAUUGAGACGAUCUUGCAGAGCCUACAGGAUACAGUUGCCCGAUUCACAAGAAUGGGCAGGGUCUCAAACGACGUUUCACUAUCUGAAGAUGGAAGUCACAUUUUUGAGGCAAUUGGCUUGUUAAUCGGGAUGGAAGAUGUACCCCUUGAGAAACAGUCUGAUUAUCUCUCGGCAUUGCUGACUCCUCUUUGCCAGCAGGUUGAGGUGGCCCUCUUAAAUGCUAAGCCUCAGCAUCCUGAAGAGUCUAUUCUGCAGAUUGAAAAUAUGCAGCAAACAGUUAUGGCUAUUAAUGCCCUUAGCAAGGGCUUCAGUCAGCGUCUGGUAACUACCACCCGCCCUGGAAUUGGUCUCAUGUUCAAAAAGACUUUGGAUAUCCUCCUGCAAAUUCUUGUUGUCUUCCCAAGGGUAGAACCCCUGCGAAGUAAGGUUACAUCUUUCAUUCAUCGUAUGGUCGACAUUCUAGGACCUUCAAUAUUUCCUUAUCUUCCAAAUGCACUGGGCCAGUUGCUAAUAGAAAGUGAGCCGAAGGAAUUGGUGGGUUUUCUCGUACUUUUGAAUCAGCUCAUCUGCAAAUUUGCUACCGAAGCCCGUGACAUCUUGGAAGCUGUGUACCCUGUUAUUGCUAGUAGGGCAUUCAGUAUUCUCCCAAGGAAUGAUAUUCAGUCAGGGCCAGGAAGCUGCGGUGAGGAAAUUCGCGAAUUGCAAGAGCUUCAAAAAACAUUCUUUAUAUUUCUAAAUGUUAUUGCUACACAUGAGCUUUCGUCAGUCUUCUUGUCCCCUAAAAGUACUCCGCACCUUGAGUUGAUGAUGCAUUUGCUGCUACAUAAUUCUUGCAAUCAUAAGGAUAUCAAUAUUAGAAAGGCAUGUGUUCAAGUAUUCAUUAGGCUAAUCAAGGAUUGGUGCUCUGUUCCUUAUGGCAAAGAAACGGUGCCUGGUUUUCAGAAGUUCAUAAUCGAGACAUUUGCAGUCAAUUGUUGCCUGUACAGUGUGCUUGAUAAAUCCUUUGAGUUUCGUGAUGCAAAUACUGUCCUCUUAUUUGGUGAAAUAGUAACUGCCCAAAAGGUCAUGUAUGAGAAAUUUGGCAAUGAUUUUCUUCUUCAUUUCGUAUCAAAGUGUUUUCCAAGUAUACAUUGCCCUCAAGACUUGGCCGAACAGUAUUGUCAAACACUGCAGGGCAAUGACUUCAAGGCACUGAAGUCCUUCUACCAGUCCCUCAUAGAAAGGUUGAGACCACUACAAAAUGGCAGCUUGGUUUUCAGAUAGCAAAAUGUCAUGUUUUCUUUCUGGCUCCAUGUAACACUAAAGACCCUAAUGUUACAGACGUCGCUGUUCAAUAUUUAUCCAUCAAAGGUCUCUUUUCGUGUACAUAUCAUUCGUUGGUCACCAUGGAUGGGGGAGAUCCGUGGAUGUUCGUUAUUUCCAUGUGACUUCAGUUUUGUUUCGUUCAUCACAUCAUCUAAGGGAGAGUAUCAGCAAAGAACGCCCUCAAGAAGGCGAUGCCUCUGGACCUCAGGUUCUAUCUGCCAUAUAAUGAGGAAAUAGUAGAUUCGGUUUUUAAAACUCUACAUUCCCUUUUACUUUCUUUGCCCGUCCCUAGUGUGAAAAUGAGCAGAUUUUGUUUUCAUCAUUAUAAACUAGUUCCCGUUACACGAUCUUCUUCUUCAUUUCAUUCAUUGUUUUCAUACGAAGCGACCCAUCUGUGACUGAUCGUGUCGAGCUGCUUUCCACUACAAUCGUUUUCCUAUUUUGAAGUGUGAAUGAAGAAGUUGUUGCUAUGCUAGUGGUGAAUCUUGACAUAUUUAGUGUUAAAAAAAUCUUAUGAUUGUUGUCGGAUUCUCUGAUAUUCUUGUGAUCAUAGUAGAAAUCUAGCCAAUUCUUUCAUCAUUUAGAUGUUGGAUUUUCUUUUUUCUGGACCUCGAUUUUUUAUGUUUAUAUAUAAUGUCGAUGACCUAAGGCCUACUUGUGGUUGAAAAUGUUUGUUGUUGCUAAA